GUGGCACUGCUCUUCGCUGUCGUCCUGUCGCCGCUUCAAUUGUCUUUCUUUUUGACCCGUCGCACUUUGCAUUCGUUAUUCAAUUGCUGUUCGGGGCGAAUCUGACUGUGUCGAGACGACGAGUCUCGGUCACUGGCCUCUCUCUCUCUCUCCGCAGUAGACUCGCACGCAAAUUCUCCGACCUGCAACAAUGGUGGCACCGUUCUCAGUUGUCCGACUUGGGGCCCGCCAGCUGGUCUCCAGCUCGCUGCGCAAUGCUUCCCUCAGGCCCUCCCGUGUGUCGCCGCUCACCGCCUGCAGGCAAUGCCUGCAGCUGGUGCGUUACCAGCAGACCCAAUCCCACCGCCGAGCCGUCCACCUGAGCUCCAGCGGAGACACCGAAAACCUCCUGCCCCGCGACCUUCACUCCCCCCUUGAUACCUUCCCACGUCGUCACAUUGGCCCCGGUGCGGAUGCCACCGAGCAGAUGCUCGCCGUGCUGGACCCUCCGGCGAAGAAUCUGGACGAGUUCGUGAAACAGGUGCUCCCGGCGGAUAUCUUGACCGCCAAGAAUCUUUCAGUCUCAGAACCGCAGGCCGCCGCGGAACUUCGCAAGGAUGGUGUCCUGGGUGGUCUAGGAGAGAAGGAUAUGGUCAAGCUGCUGGAGUCAUACAAGAACAAAAUCGAUGCCACGGGGAAAUCGUUCAUCGGAUGCGGAUACUACUCAACCGUCGUCCCGCCUGUCAUCCAGCGCAAUGUCCUCGAGAACCCCGCCUGGUACACCAGCUAUACCCCUUACCAGGCCGAGAUCAGUCAGGGUCGCCUCGAAUCCCUCCUGAACUUCCAGACCCUGACCGCCGAUCUGACCGGUCUUCCCGUCGGCAAUGCGUCCGUCCUCGACGAAGGAACCGCCGCCGCCGAAGCAAUGACCAUGUCCUGGGCCACACUCCCCAUGAAUAAACAGAAGCAAGAUGGGAAGGUCUUCGUUGUGUCGCACCUGUGCCAUCCUCAAACCAUUGCCGUCAUGAGAUCCCGCGCCGAGGGAUUCGGAAUCAGACUUGAGAUCGGAGACAUCAUGGCUGACAACUUCAAGCUGGUCAAGGACCAAGGAGAUCGAUUGAUCGGUGUCCUAGCUCAGUAUCCUGACACCGAAGGAGGAGUCUUUGACUUCCAGAGCCUGAGCGACAGCAUCCACGCACAGGGCGGAAGCUUCUGUGUUGCCACUGACCUUUUGGCUUUGACCGUCCUGAAGGCCCCCGGGGAAUUUGGCGCUGAUAUUGCAUUCGGAAACGCCCAGCGGUUGGGUGUGCCUAUGGGUUUCGGUGGCCCGCACGCCGCUUUCUUCGCUUGCACCGAUAAGUAUAAGCGUAAGAUCCCUGGCCGCAUCGUUGGUGUUUCCAAAGAUCGCCUUGGAAACCGUGCCCUGCGGCUGGCUCUUCAGACUCGUGAGCAGCACAUUCGCCGAGAAAAAGCCACCAGCAAUAUUUGCACGGCACAGGCGCUCCUGGCCAACAUGACCGCGAUGUAUGCGGUGUACCAUGGCCCUCAGGGCUUAAAGGCCAUCGCUGAACGUAUCAUGGCAUUGACUGCUCUUCUCCGUACUAAGUUGCAGCUCCUUGGCUUCAACGUGCCUGUGAGGGGAAAUGCCAGCUUUGAUACCCUGGUUGUGGAGACAAAGAGCAGCGCUGAGGCGGAUGCAAUCGUCGGAUCAGCCCUUAGCGCCGGCCUGUACCUUCGACGUGUGAGCCCUACGAAGGUUGGCAUCUCGCUUGAUGAGGCUGUCGGCGUAGACGAACUGAAAGAGCUUCUUGCCGUAUUCGCAAACCUUUCAGACAAGAAGGGAGCUGAGACUCUGGAUCUUAGCAAAGACAUUCCCUCAGUCGACGUGCCCGUCGACAUUAGGAGAACCUCUUCAUACCUCACCCAUCCCGUGUUCAACACACACCAUUCAGAAACGGAAAUGUUGCGAUACAUGCAGCACCUCGUUUCAAAGGAUCUUUCCCUCGCCCAUUCGAUGAUCCCUCUUGGCUCUUGUACCAUGAAAUUGAACGCCACUACUGAGAUGGUCCCCGUCACAUGGCCCGAAUUUUCGACAAUGCAUCCGUUUACUCCUGCUCAGAAGGUCGAGGGCUAUGUCAACAUGGUCGAAGACUUGGAGAAGCAGCUGGCCGACAUCACCGGUAUGGCUGAAGUUACAAUUCAACCCAACUCCGGAGCCCAGGGCGAGUUUGCAGGCUUGCGCGUAAUUAAAAUGUACCAGGAUAGCCUUGGCGAGCCGGGAAAGAGGAACAUCUGCUUGAUUCCUGUUUCUGCCCACGGUACCAACCCUGCCAGCGCCGCAAUGGCUGGAAUGAAGGUCGUCCCGGUGAAGUGCGAUACCGGUACCGGAAACCUCGACGUUGCGGACCUUCGAGCCAAGUGCCAGAAGCAUAAAGACGAGCUAGGAGCGAUCAUGAUCACCUAUCCAAGCACGUUUGGUGUUUAUGAGCCCACCAUCAAAGAAGUUUGCGACAUUGUCCACGAAUACGGCGGUCAGGUGUAUAUGGAUGGUGCCAACAUGAACGCCCAGAUCGGUCUUUGCUCACCCGGAGAGAUUGGAGCCGACGUCUGCCACCUUAACCUUCACAAGACCUUCUGCAUUCCCCAUGGAGGCGGUGGACCAGGCGUUGGUCCCAUCGGUGUUGCUGAACAUCUCCGACCUUUCCUUCCAUCCCAUCCUUUGAGCGAGCCUCUCCUGGCGAAGCGCCCGGCAUCUGUUGACUCCCCUCCGAUCUCGGCCGCCCCAUACGGAAGUGCAAGCAUCUUACCCAUCACGUUCUCUUAUAUCAAUAUGAUGGGAUCUAAGGGCCUCACGCACGCCACCAAGAUCACCCUCCUCAACGCCAAUUAUCUCCUUUCCCGCCUAAAGCAACAUUAUCCGAUUCUUUACACCAACGAGAACGGCCGAUGUGCCCACGAAUUCAUUUUGGAUGUCCGUAAGUUCAAGGCGACCGCGGGCAUUGAAGCGAUCGACAUCGCCAAGCGUCUUCAAGACUAUGGUUUCCAUGCACCGACCAUGUCCUGGCCCGUUGCCAACACUCUGAUGAUCGAGCCAACUGAAUCAGAACCCAAGGGCGAGUUAGAUCGGUUCUGUGAUGCCCUCGUCUCCAUCCGGGAGGAAAUCGCUGCCAUUGAGCGUGGAGAGCAGCCGAAAGAUAAGAACGUGUUGAAGAUGGCACCUCACACACAGCGCGAUUUGCUCACUGGGGAUUGGGACCGUCCAUACACGCGAGAGAAGGCGGCAUACCCAUUGCCGUGGCUCCUGGAGAAGAAAUUUUGGCCCACCGUGACGAGAGUUGACGAUGCUUUUGGUGACCAAAACCUCUUCUGCACAUGUGGUCCUGUUGAAGACACCUCUGAGUGAUUUCUGACCCCUUUCUCACGAUUCUGCAUGCGUACCUCGAUUCCUUUGAUACUCCUGGGAUACCUCCGCACAUAAUGACAUCAACUGCAUCCACAAGCACCUCUUGGACUCCAUCUUUUCCUUCUUAUCCCUUCUGUCACGUGUACAAAUAAACAACAUCCCACCAAAAGAAAAAAAAUGACCCUGUAAUGUCUGGAAGUACAAAAUGUUUCAACACAUGAUGAUUGCUGUGUGAAAAAAUAUGAUAUUAAUACCCUGGUUGUGUUGUGUUUCCUUGUUCAUGAUAGAGUGACUUUUGUGACCCAAAAAGGAAAUUGAUACUGACUUUUUAAGAA